AUGGCAGGCCAUACUUCUCAAUAUCGAGAUACCUACGGGGAUAAGAAACGGAACCGCGACGAUCGCGAAAAAAAGGUUCAUGAAUUGGUGGACAGGUACGAGUCUCUGCGCGAACCCAGCGCUGCUCUUCGCCACAUUCAUCGCGACUCGGACUUCUGUCGCCUCUUUUGCGAGAUUGUCGAGCAGCAGAUCAAGUUGAUCAAAAGUCGCCGUCAGGAAUUUGAUGACGGACACAUCACAGUCUUUGACAAGGCGCUGAAAGAGCUCAGUUACAAUGGAAGUACCGCCAGUAAUCUGGGUGUUCAAGAGUUGUACAUUCGAGAGUACAUAGGGAUCAACCCAGACGCGCCUUUGCCUAAUAUUGAGGAGACUUUGGCUAAGACUAUCUUGAUCAAAGGUUUCUUGGAAAAAUUCUCCCUUCCUCCUUUAAAGAAAUCAUCCUCGCCAGCAGAGACAGAACCCCCCAGAGAAACUUCCAUGGCAAAUCCGCCCUUCAGUCACACAGACACUGAAACUUACAGCAUCUUCAACCAGGAUCCCAUCGUCAAGAACGAGGACCCUAAUUGCAAGAACCACGCCGAAGCACUACUAAAGCGGUAUUUCGAUGCCAAGAAAGAUUUCUACAAUCUCAAAUCUGAAAACUACGAGGAAAACGCGGUGGCGGCAAAAUACUUGCGCGACAGUGCCGAAAACGCCUUGAUUUACCUCAAAAAGGACGACCUGGGUUGUGACGCGUUGCUGCACGAGCUCCAAACGAACCAGACUUUUGGCGAUGAAAAGCUCCUCCCGCGGAGGUGGUUCCCAUCCUUGACCGCGAUGGCCAGCUCCUCCUCCUAUCUUGCACCACCUGCCAGAUACGGCAGGCAGCCUGCCGAUUCCGCCUCUUCAGACGCAUCAGACGCCGGAGACACGCCCUCGACCAGCUCCUCCGAUCCCCAAUUCACCCCCGAAGCCAGUGGUACCGACGAGGGGAGCCCGUCUGCUCGCCCUCAGCUCGGAUCGCCCGAGCUCCCCAAACUAGACACAAACCUCGGCAAGGAUGUCGAACCUGCACUGUCCGAUGAGACGGAGAGCUUCCUGUCUAGGGACGACGACGACAAUGACGAUGGCUACGAUUCAGACAAGUAUUUCAGGCCCCCACCUCGCCAAAGAAAGACAUCGCAUGAUUACACGCCAGAGGAAGAGCGCGGCGUGGUGAAAAGACUGGAUAAGCGCCUGGUCUUGUUUCUGGCGUUCUUAUACAUGCUCUCGUUUUUGGACCGGUCGAAUAUCGGCAAUGCCAAAAUCGCUGGAUUGUCGGACGAUCUGAAGCUAUCUUCUUCGCAAUAUGAGUGGCUUCUUACAGCAUUUUAUAUCACCUAUAUCUCGUUUGAGUGGAUGACGUUGAUGUACAAAGUCGUUCCAGCGCGUAUCUACAUUCCACUGUGUGUCUUUGCAUGGGGCCUAUUUGCUUCGUGCCAAGCUCUAGGGUCAUCGUUUUGGGCCAUGAUGUGCCUGCGCGCAUUGCUUGGAGUUUCAGAAGCAGCAUUCGGCCCUGGAGUCCCAUUCUACCUCUCGCUGUUCUACAAACGCGAAGAGCUCGCCUAUCGAACCGGCCUUUUUAUCUCGGCCGCGCCCUUGGCUACAUCAUUCGCAAGCAGUCUCGCAUGGCUGAUCAUUAAAAUCGGAAGCAAUGCGCCCAUCGCCCCAUGGCGCUUGCUAUUCCUUGUAGAAGGAUUCCCGAGUAUUGUCGUGGCUGUCUUUGCCUGGUUGUUGAUUCCUGACUCGCCCGGUACGGCCAAAUUCCUCACGGUGCGGCAGCGCAAAAUAGCCAAAUUGCGUCUGCAGGGAACAAAACUCGAGCGGCAUGAGUCGUCGGAUGAGAAAUUUAAUUGGAAGGCUGUGCGCGCCGCGCUUUCUGAUCCCACGUCAUAUCUAGUAUCUUUGAUGUUUCUUGGCUGCAAUAUUGCUUUUAGCUCAAUGCCCGUCUUUUUACCUACUAUUGUCAAAAAUAUGGGCUACUCCUCGUUGGCUUCACAGGCACUCUCCGCACCGCCAUUCUUGGUUGCCUUUGUAACGGUACUAAUUACCGCUUCCCUCUCGGACAAAAGUCGAAGCCGAAGCCCGUACUUGAUUUUCCACGCUCUAUUGUCGGCUACUGCGUAUCUAGUCAUUGGAUUAGCAGGGUACUUUCAGUCAUAUCUGCCCAACACUCUCGACACAAUCAUACGAUACGUUUGCAUUUACCCAGCGACUUGCGGGUUCUUCUCUGCCAUAACGAUCAUCAUCACAUGGAGCAUGGAUAAUCAGGUGGCUCACGAGGGUAAAGGGAGCAGCGUCGCCCUUCUCAAUAUAGUUGGCCAGUUUGGGCCUCUUAUUGGCACCAGACUGUACCCUGACAGUGACGGGCCGUUAUAUGUGCGCGGCAUGCUUGUAUGUGCCAUUUCCAUGCUGUUUGUGUCCUGUCUAGCAUUGUCGCUGCGAGUAAUUCUUGCGCGAAGAAACCGCCGUAACAACGAGCAGGAGGACAAGAUGGGGAUAGAAAUGGCCGAGGGAGAGGGUCUGAUCAGCAGCGAAGGCCAGGCGCCCGCGCAGGCUCAGAGAUUUGUGUAUAUCAUUUAA